AUGUCUGUAAUGGGGAAAAACCCCGAAUUGGUUAAAAGGUGUUCAGAAUGUAUUGAGUUUAAGAAGACGGACAUAUUAAUUUCUGUAGAUGGUGGAAUAUGGUGUGAACAGAAAGUUAGUGCUGUUUUAAAUGCUGCUCGAAGUAAUUCACCAGCAAGUAAUAUUCCACUGUUACCUGCUAGUGGCUGGCAAAAAUUUCCAUCGGGUACAAUUCCAAAAGGUUUUUGUUAUGGCAGAAUAUAUGAACACAUCAUACAAACCGCUAAAAUAUAUCAGAAGAGUAGUAAGGCAUCUGAUAGUGAAUGUGAAGAUGAUUUGCUGGACUUCAAUACCUCAAAACAAUCUUUGGCAAAUAAAAUUUUAUGGCCGAUUUUAAAAUAA